AUGGGCAAAGGCGGGAGAUUUGCGUGUAUCUUCCUACCAUACAUCCUCUCAAUUGCGACACUCGCGUGUCUUGCUAUAGUCGGUCUAGGAUGCUACAACACCAGCACCCUCACCGAUCUCUACUUCGCCAAGGUUGAUAUGAAAGACAUAAAUACAUCACCGUCCGGCCUACUCGACGAACUCCAGCCUCUCGCCAAGGGUCUCCAGCAGGCCCAGGCCAAAGGCGAUAUCCAUGACUUCUACAUCGUCGGCAUGUGGAACUACUGCUACGGUGACAACAAGGACGGAGUCGACCAUGUCACCCAUUGUUCUCCUCGCCAAUCGAAGUUCUGGUUCAACCCGGCCGAAGUCUGGGGUGUCGAUGAGACCGUCGAGAAGAUCUACCCAUCUACCCUCCAGAAGGGCCUAAACACUUAUAAGAAAGUAGCCGGAUGGAUGUUCGUUGCAUACGCCGUUGCUAUUAUUGCUUCCGCCAUUCAGCUCCUGGUCGGCAUUUCAGCCAUCUUCAGCCGAUGGGGUAGCUUCUUCACUACUCUCGUCGCAACUGUUGCUGCUGUAUUCACUAUUGGUUCUGCUGCCACCGCAUCUGUCCUCUACGGCAUCCUCGUUGGAGCCAUCAAGGCUGGCCUCAAGCCGUUCGAUGUCAACGCCAGCGUAGGCACCCGCAUGCUCGCCAUCUACUGGCUAGCUGCCCUCUUCACUCUCGCAGGAGGCUUCUUCUGGCUCCUCAGCGUCUGCUGUUGCUCCGGCCGCUCUCCAUACGGCCACCGCGAUAACCGUCGUGGUGUCACUGCUGAAAAGGCUCCUUACACCUACGAACGCGUUGCCAGCCCAUAUGGUGCUCACCCCGGAGCCAACGUGCCAAUGCACAAUAUGCCUUCCCACCAUGCUCAAGACACCGCCUACGAGCCCUUCAGACAUGACCAGCGCGCGUAA